CAUACUUGGUAUACCGAACCAGCCGCUUCCAUUUACAAACGUGUUUCCAUUUUUCCCGUUUACUUUUUUUCGAGUGCGUGUCGCCACUUCCACAAUUUUCAUACAUAUACCAACCACAAAAUGUCGACGGAACGGUGCCGGGCGAGUCUCUUCGCUCUCGUUGCCAGCUUAGCAGUAGUAUCCUGUGCACAAGUUGAAGACCCAUGCAAGACUAAAUCAAGAAUUGUCGCGGACGACAAGUACUGUGACAAAUACUGGGAGUGUGACGGUGGCCAAGCAGUACAAUACGACUGCCCCAAUGGACUGGUCUUCGCUGGAAAACAUCGGGGUGUGACGGAAGGGUGCGACUACCCUUGGAGAUCGAAUUACUGUGAAUACCCCAAGGCGCAAAUAAAUCCACCGAUCGGCACAGAACACUGCGACUGGUUGUACGGCAUCUUCGGACAUGAGACCUCUUGUACAAGAUACUGGACGUGUUGGAACGGAACUGCCACUGAACAGCUGUGUAUCGGUGGUCUUCUGUACAACGAGAACGCACACUCCUGCGACUGGCCAGAGAACGUGGAUGGGUGCCAGAAACAUCCUCUCUGCAACGAAGACCCCAACGGCAACGUGCCCCUAGGCAAGUCCUGCAACCGCUACUGGCAGUGUCAGGGAGGCUACCCUCGUCUGCAGCGCUGCCCAGCCAUGCUGGUGUUCGACAGGCGCUCUCUGAGAUGCGUGGUACCACCCACCGAAGACUGCGAAAUCCCUACCACCACCACACCACAGCCGGAGGAAGAAGAUGUAAGACAGGGUCAAAAACAACCAUCAAAAAGGCCAAUUAACCAGCAGCAUCAAUACCAAGAAGAAGGAGAAUCACAACAAGGUCGUCAGAGAAUAAGGAAUUAGGAAAUACAUUUUUCGAAUAUAAGUGUACUUAAUUAGUUUCUAAAUAUUUCAAAUGGGCAUAAAAUCUCUCUUUAAGCACCAAAUUUUCCAAUAAUAGGCAUAAUU